AUGGCCCCCGACCCUAAACGCGUCGCGAGUAUCAUGCUCUCAUGGCACUCACUGGACCUCGUCUCAUGCACCAACCUACAGACCCUAUGGGCUGGUUACGGGAACAUAUGUGCUGUCACAGCGCGAGCCACCACCGACCAAGCAGCCAAACAUGUCAGCAAGCUAUGCGGUGUAGAACCAGGUCGCAUAGGGUCGAUAUAUCCCCUCAUCCUAAAGUUCAUUUCACCGCCCUACAAAAGCGGCACUGCAGAUGAGGGCCACCUACGAAAGAUGCUGAGCUACGAGGUAGAACAGUACUUCUAUAGUGAAGUUGUUCCACAGCUAGGCUCCGAUAUAGCCAUAGCCAACUGUCUUGCCUCGACGCGCGACAUGAACGACGCGGAAGGCUCGUCAGAACUCAGAGGUCUCAUGGCUACGAUUAUGGUUGAUCUACGUCCUGGAUUCCCCGUCGCGGGCGAGAAGAGAGGUGCAUUGAACCGCACACAAGUGCGUGCGGCGCUAGAUUGGCUAGCUCGCUUUCACGGCCGUUCACGGAGACUGCUGCCAGCCAGUCUUGAUGGAUACGUUCUGCCGCCGCUUGAAGAAAGCAGUAGAAGGCAGAGUACCGACAAGGAUGCUGGCAGCGGGCUGUGGCUGAAUGGAGGAUAUACGUACCUCGCGACGCGACGUAAAGAGUACGCAUCUCUUGCACACGACACGGGCUCGGAAUGGUCAGAUCUGCUGUGCGGGGUUUCGGAUAGGUGCUCACUAUCCGUGGCGGAGAUGGUGGCAUUGUUCCUAACGCCCUGUGGAAGGGCAGUCGAGUCGUAUAUUCAUGGCGAUGUCAAGUCGGAGAAUCUCUUCACGACGACUAAUGGAGACAACGUGGCGUUCUUUGAUUUCCAGUACGUCGGGCUGGGUCUAGGAGUAUGUGACCUUGCCAAAUUAUUUACCUGCUCGAUUCCUUUGCAUAUGCUGGUUGAUGGCAAUGGGAGUUUGCCUGAACAGCUGUCAAUGUGUGAUGGUGAGAGAGGACUUUUAGAGCGGUACCGCACAACCCUCCUGGACGAGGACUCGCAGCUGUACGAUUGGGAAACGUUCCAACGACACUGGGAGACGGCUUUGGUUGACUGGUGUAGAUUCCAGGCGUCGUGGGGAUUUUGGGGAAAUACAGAGUGGCUCGAGGCCCGUGUAAGAUCAAUCUUGAAUGACCAGGAGUGGAGAGACUGGUUGUAUCAGAGUAUCCGCAGUCGGUUGUAG